AAUAUUUCCGCGUAACCGUGACAAGCUUUACUGCACUUUCCCCCUUUUUUCUUCUUUUAUUCAACUUUGUUUCUUUUUACCAGUAGUAAAAUCGGACUAGCCUGUUGGACAGACAACCCCGAAAGGCUGGCAGACAACCCCGAAAGGCUGGCUUAAAUCAUGCCUUAUAUUAGGAAUAUUGCUUUUUGUAAUAAUAGAGUUUUUUGUAGAUAUGUAUAUAUAUGCUCUGUUAGUAGAGAUCAAAUACAACAUUCCCAAAACAUUCUCGUUCAGUUUGAUAUGGUAUCAGAGCAGAGAUCCAAUUUGGAAUCUGUUCCGCUGUGUUUUUUCUUUUGUUUCUCGGGUUCUUUUGAGUUCUUUUGGGUUCUUUUGUUUAAUACAGAUUGGUUAAUACUGACACUCUAGCCAAUUCUUUUCUUCUGAUCAAACACACUAUCUGAAACCCAUAAACCCAUAACCUUUUUUUUUUCUCAAGAAAAGCACAAAGCAUACCUGUUGAUCUCCGAGCCUCCAGUGCUACGACGUCCGUACUUCAUCCUCCUGGGCUCGUAUCCCAGCAGCCAUCCUGGGCUCGUUUUGCACCAGCUAACUCCAGUCCUUGAGUCCUUGGUAUCUCAUCUGAUCACCUCUGAUCGCAUGAUCACCUCUGAUCACCUCUGAUCGCAUCCAUCCUGCCCAGAUCGGCGUCAUCCAUCCCAGAUCGGCGUCAUCCAUCAGAGCGGCCCCUGCAAGCCAGCAACGCACGCCACCGCAGCCUCCAACGCAAGCCAGCAACGCACGCCAGCUCCACCGCAGCCUCCAGCUCCACCGCACGCCAGCUCCACCGCAGCCUCCAGUCUCCACCCACUGUCGCUGUUACAACACCCAAGUCGGCAAAACUGCACCUGCCCACGAGCGCAGUCCACUCGGCCCCGCCUGCGCAGAUCCCGGCCCCGCGCGGCUCCAAGCCUCCUGUCACCCUCCGCCUCACGCCUAGCACCUGCAAGAGAAAAAAGAGGGAGACAGAACGAAAGGGAGAAAUUUAUCACUGGUCUAGUGAUUCUGCUUGAAUUUAUUUAUUAAAAAAAAAAAAAAAAAAAAAAGGUAAGUAAAAAAAAAAAAAAAAAAAAAAAAAAAAAAAAAAAGGUAAGUAAGUAAGAUGGUGGAUUUGAUCGUAAGUGAUCCUCAGGCUACAGGAGCUACAUCUACAUCUGUGGCUCGUGAAGUUGUGAUUGUUCAAAAUGUAACAGAUAACUCAAGCUUUGGCGUCAAGCUUGAUGGCACAAAUUAUCAGUUAUGGCACAGGCUUAUGAAGAUCCAUAUUCAAGGGAUUGGAAAGUGGAGUUAUGUUAUUGGUAGCACUGCAAGACCUGCUGCAGGACCAAAAGCUGAUGAAUGGGACACAGCAAAUACUAACGUGAUGGGAAUUCUUCUAAAAGCAAUGACUCCAGAGGUAAUGCAGUUAUUUGCUAAUUUUGAUUCUCCCAGAGCAAUUUGGGACUCUGUUGCUGCUACUUAUUAUGAUGGAAGUGACUUUGCCCGUGUUCAUGAAUUAAAUGUCAAAGCUUUCAAAAUAACUCAAAGUGGACAGCCUGUUGCAACAUUUUUUGCAAAUUUGAAGACAAUCUGGCAGGAGCUUGAUCAGAGAAAUCCUAAUCCUAUGACUUGUGAAGCAGACAUCACUACCUACAGGAGUGAGCAAGAUAAGAUGCGUGUUCAUGUCUUUCUUGCUGGUCUCGAUCCUCAUUUCGAAGGGGCAAAGAAUGAGUUAUUGCGUCUUGCAACUCCUCCAACGUUGGAGCAAGCCUUUGCUUAUAUUCGAAAAGAUGAAGCCAACAAAGUUGCUGCCAAGGGACUUCAUACUGACAUUUCAGUUUUAGCAGUCCAGGCUAGAUCACCUCAAUCUUCGUCUCCUCAGUAUGGGAGUUCAUCUCAUAUCCCAUCUCUAAAUCACUAUCGACCUCGGAGCCAGGUGUACCAACAGAAUCAGAAUUAUAGCCGAGGGCUGGUUCCGGUUAAUAACCAAAUGACUUGCAACUAUUGUAAGGAAGUUGGUCAUUUCAAGAAUGAAUGCCCUAAGCUGCGAAGGUUUAAUUCAAACAAUUCCGGUUGGAGAGGAGGAAGUAAUACUGGAGGAAGUAGAGGUCAGAGAGGCAAAGCAGCAAUCCAAAUGGUGCCAGAACCUGAUUUCUAUGGUGUCGAAGGGCGAGACCCCUCUAAGGGUAAUGUUUCCUUGACUAAGGAAACUCGAGGUAAAAUUGGUAUUGCUUUACAUAUUUCUGACUUUACUGGUAGUGAUACAUGGAUAAUUGAUUCUGGUGCGUCCGAUCAUAUGACCUACGACAAGUCUUUAUUUGUGUCUAUGUCAUCUCCUUCUAUAUCUCAUGUCUCUAAUGCAAAUGGUGUGUCUUUUCCGGUCUUAGGUAUUGGGUCUAUUCAAGUUACACCAUCCAUUAUUUUACAUGAUGUCCUUUAUGUGCCCUCGUUGUCUCAUCAUCUGUUAUCUGUAUCUCAAUUGAAUUCACAGAAUAAGUGCUCAGUAACCUUUUAUCCAAUGUAUGUUGUUUUUCAGAAUCUAUGCAAUCGGGUGAUCAUGGGCAAGGGAGACCUGAGGGGGAGACUGUUUCAUUUGGAUUGCAUGUACGCAGGACAAACACAAGAACCAGAACAACCUUUAGCCCUGACAUCGAGUUCUGAUCGACUGAGUGAGUUAUGGUUGUGGCACAGGCGUUUGGGUCACCCAUCUUUUGGAGUUAUGAAGAAGUCCAUGCCUUCGUUAUUUUUGGGAAUAAGUGAUUCUAGCUUGCAUUGUGAAACUUGUGCUUUGGCUAAGAGUCAUAGGUCUAGUUAUCCUUCGAGCUUUCAUUCUAGUACUAUGCCUUUUGAGUUAAUUCAUUCAGACUUGUGGGGUCCUUCUAAACAUUCUACCCUUUCUGGAAUGCGAUAUUUUGUGUUAUUCAUCGAUGACUUUACCCGAUUAUCUUGGGUGGUUCUACUUAAGUCCAAAGAUUCUGUCUUCUCUGCCUUUACAGCAUUUCAUAGUCUUGUUCGUACUCAAUAUGAUGCUCAUGUUAAGGUUUUUCGUUCCGAUAAUGGGGGUGAGUUUAUUAAUCAUUCUUUUCAUGAAUAUUUCCAACACCAUGGCAUAAUCCAUCAAACUUCCUGUCCACAGACACCAGAGCAAAAUGGGGUGUCUGAACGGAAAAAUCGUCACCUUUUGGAUAUGGCUCGAUCUCUUUUGCUUAGUGCUAACAUGCCUAAGUACCUCUGGGGAGAAGCUGUUUUGUGUGCUUCUCAUCUUAUCAAUCGCCUUCCAUCUGCUCCUCUUCAAGGUUGUGUCCCACUUGAGGUCUUGUCUAACUAUGUUUCUAUCCCAUCAUCUAAUACCCUUCCUGCUCGUGUCUUUGGUUGUGUUGCCUAUGUUCAUUUGUAUAAAAAUCAAAGGACAAAAUUGGAUGCUAGAGCCCUUAAGUGUGUGUUUGUUGGGUAUGGGUCUCAUCAGAAAGGUUACAAAUGUUAUCACCCUCAAUCCCAGAAGUUUUAUGUCACCAUGGAUGUUACUUUCAGUGAAGAUGUUUGUUAUUUCUUGCCUCCUGUGACUCCUAGUAAGGGGGAGAAGUCUUGUUAUUAUGAAGAUUUGUCUAAUAGGCAAAAUGAGUGUCUAGCAUAUGAGUUCUCAGAGUUGGAGGACCCAUCGUCUAAUAUUGAGAAGGAAAAUAGGGAAAACAGGGGUUCAUCCAGAGAAGAAGCUUUGAGCAAUGUAUUACCAACUGGUCAACCGGAUCAGUCUGACCAGUCGGCUGGGGAGACAAUUUUUGAUCAAGUGGAGGAUGAGGUUCUACCGUCUUCAGAUGGUGUUUUAGACAAUGCUUCAGUCUCUCCCUCCUCUUCAGCGGUCUCACCUGCUCAAUCAUCACCCGAGGUAUGUCCCAAUCCUUCCUUGUCUAAAAGUCCUUUUGUGUCAGGUAGUGUUCCUACCAAAACCUUACCCAGUCGUUCAACCCGUGGUCAACCUCCGAAACACUAUGAACCUACUCUAAGUGCUAAGACUAAAUACCCUGUUGCUAAUUAUGUGUCGACCCAUAGGUUAUCUAAACCAUAUGUAGCCUUUGUGAAUCAAUUAUCUUCUGUGUCUCUUCCUAGUAAAGUGCAGGAUGCCAUGAAGGAUGAGAAGUGGAUGAAAGCAAUGACAGUCGAGAUGGAUGCUCUUGAGAAGAAUUGUACGUGGGAGUUGGUGUCAUUACCACCAGGGAAGAAGACAGUUGGUUGUCGGUGGGUGUAUACAGUGAAACAUAAUUCGGAUGGUUCAGUGGAUCGGUACAAGGCGAGAUUAGUGGCUAAAGGGUAUACUCAGAAGUAUGGAGUGGAUUAUGAUGAGACAUUUGCACCAGUGGCCAAAAUUAACACAAUUCGGGUACUUCUCUCAUUAGCUGCUAAUCUUAAUUGGCCUUUGCAACAGUUUGAUGUUAAGAAUGCAUUCUUGCAUGGUGAUCUGCAUGAAGAAGUUUAUAUGGAUUUGCCUCCUGGAUAUGGUACUUCCACUGGAGAGCAGGUGGUGUGCAAAUUGAAGAAGUCGCUUUAUGGCUUGAAGCAGUCUCCCAGAGCCUGGUUUGGCCGGUUCACCAAGUUCAUGAAGAAAAUUGGGUAUCGACAAAGCAAUUCAGAUCAUACCUUGUUUCUUAAACAUCGGUGUGGUAAAGUGACUGCCUUGAUUAUCUAUGUUGAUGACAUGGUUGUGACAGGUGAUGACAUUGAGGAAAUUCAAAGGUUACAAGGUCAGUUGUCCUCUGAAUUUGAGAUGAAAGAUUUGGGUAAUUUGAAAUAUUUCUUAGGAAUUGAAGUUGCUCGUGGCAAGGAUUGUAUUGUGUUGAGUCAGAGAAAGUAUGUCCUAGACUUGCUGGCAGAAACAGGUAUGCUUGAUUGUAAACCGGCUGCUACUCCUAUCGAGCAGAACCAUCGGUUAGCAGAGUAUAUAGAUCAAGUACCUACAAAUAAAGGGAGAUACCAGAGGUUAGUUGGACGGUUGAUUUAUUUAUCCCACACUAGACCAGAUUUAGCUUAUGCAGUUAGUGUGGUGAGUCAGUUUAUGCAUAAUCCCAGUGAAGCCCAUAUGGAUGCUGUAUUUCGUAUUUUGCAGUAUUUAAAGUCUGCUCCAGGGAAGGGAUUAAUUUUUUCAAAAUACAGUCACUUGGAUGUUUCCGGAUAUACAGAUGCAGACUGGGCAGGUAAUAUUACAGAUCGCAGGUCUACUUCGGGCUACUUCACAUUUGUGGGUGGUAAUUUGGUUACUUGGAAGAGCAAGAAACAAAAGGUGGUGGCUCGCUCCAGUGCAGAAGCAGAAUAUAGAGGAAUGGCCCGAGGACUUUGUGAGAUGUUGUGGUUGAGAAAUUUGUUGAGAGAUUUGGGGUUCAUGCAAAAAAAGGCUAUGCCGCUUUAUUGUGAUAAUAAGGCUGCAAUUGAAAUUGCUCAUAAUCCAGUUCAACAUGAUCGUACGAAACAUGUAGAGGUAGAUCGACACUUCAUUAAAGAGAAGCUGGAUGCACAGGUCAUUUUGUUUCCCUUCGUUCCUACUGAAGAGCAAUUGGCGGAUAUUCUUACAAAGGCUCUAUCGAGUAAAGCUUUUUAUGACUCACUUGACAAGUUGGGCAUCCGUGAUCUGUAUGCACCAACUUGAGGGGGAGUGUUGGACAGACAAAGGUGGCAGACAACCCCGAAAGGCUGGCAGACAACCCCGAAAGGCUGGCAGACAACCCCGAAAGGCUGGCUUAAAUCAUGCCUUAUAUUAGGAAUAUUGCUUUUUGUAAUAAUAGAGUUUUUUGUAGAUAUGUAUAUAUAUGCUCUGUUAGUAGAGAUCAAAUACAACAUUCCCAAAACAUUCUCGUUCAGUUUGA